AUGUUUCACCAGGUCUUCGUAGCACCAGAAGAUCGUGGAGCGUUGUGUUAUUUAUGGUGGCCGAAUGGUGACCUGUCAAAGGGACCGAAGACUUACCAAAUGCUCAUGCACAUUUUUGGAGCAAAGUCCUCGCCGAGCAUAGCAGGAUACGCCCUGAGAAAGACGGCUAAGGAUAAUGAGAAAGACUUCUCCCAAGAGGCAGUUGACGCUGUGCUUAAGGAUUUCUACGUAGAUGACUUGCUUAAAUCCUUUGCUGAUUCAGAACGCGCAGUACAAGUCAGUAAGCAGCUACAUGAGUUACUUGCGAGAGGAGGCUUUGAAUUGACAAAAUGGAUUUCCAAUUCUCGCAGCGUGUUGUCAGCGUUCCCUGUGGAGGAAAGAGCACCCACCAUUAAGAGUUUAGAUUUGAAAUCAGAAAGUUUGCCUAUAGAUAGAGCACUAGGAAUCCACUGGAAUGUUGAACAUGACACCAUUGACUUUGUUGUGAAUGACAAGGAGCGUCCAGAGAAUCGGAAAGGUGUCUUAUUAUCUAUUGCAACUGUGUAUGACCUGCUCGGAUUCGCCAGCCCCCUACUCUUACCUGGAAGAGAAAUGAAUCAGGAAUUGUGCAAACUAAAGUUGGAUUGGAAUGAGAAGCUCCCAAGAGAAUUGUGUGAACAUUGGAAGAGUUGA